AUGAGCGAAGAAAAAAAGCCAACUAUUACAUUUGUUGGCCCUUCGCUUAAAGAUUUACUUGCUGAUACUAGUACAGUGGAAAAACCACGCACAUUUUCUUUUUCUGACUUUCUAGUCGGAAAUAAUAAACCACCUGUACCAAAAGCUCAAGUAAAAGUAAUAAUUCCACAAGCAACAGUAAGAAAACCAAAGGUUAUUGCUGCUCCUACCACUGUUUUUCAAGCUACUAUUCCGAAAGCCACCGAAAUUACAGGAGAAUCUGGAGAUCGUUGGAAUCUCCGAUGUUUCUGUGAUUGCUAUCUUGAACAAGGCUUUAUGAUUCAAUGUGAGCGCUGUGAAUGCUGGCAGCAUGCGAAAUGCGUGAAUGAACUUCCAUUUAAGUUAACAGAUCAUUAUACGUGUCCCAUUUGUGCCCACAAGCAUAUAAGAUGUUCUUGUGAUGACAAUUUAGAUUAUACUUUACCUUUAAUUCGUUGUACAAAAUGUAAAUACUUCGUUCAUCGGCAAUGCGAAGGAUUAGACAUUGGUCCUGUUAAUCCUGACACUUAUGUAUGCAAGCGAUGUGGUGGGACCUUUCAGCAGCUUCCAGAUGUUUUUUUACCAAAUACUUUACCAUUUCAAAACCCAAAAACUAAUCUCACGAAGACAAUAAUCGAAAAUUUACAUCCAGCCAUACGAUCAACACCAUUUUAUAAGGUUCUACUUACAAAAUUAGUUCAAAAAGACUUAACUCUUUUUCAUUUUCUCAGUGUGAUAUACAACGAGCUCAGAUCCUUCUUCUACAUUACUCAUCCAUCGAUAUCCUUCCAAACAGUACGCAAAAGACGAAGUGAUGUCGCUACAUCUUUCUACAAAUGCUUAUUUUACAUAGCAAACCAACUUUUUUACGUAAACAGUGACCAGAUUAUUGCUUUAAUCGACAACCUGGCCAAGUUGGACUUGUACAAAGACCCAGGAAAAAGAUUUUUUUACAAUAAUUUGACGACAGAACCGAUUCAAGUGACAGAGAACGCACAAAACGACUUCAACAAGCUCAAACAUCUACCAGAGAUCCCGAAUAUCUCGCAACAAGCUGAUUUAAUCGUUGAUAAUAACGGAGUUUUCUGUAAAUCAGAGUUACAACCGGAACAGCUUGUUUGUAUCCUCAGCGGAUGGGUUGGCCUUUCGGAUGAAUUCAAUUACGACCGCGGAAUCGAGUUGAAUCAGUUUUCAAUAUUUUCAUCCAAGUUUAUUAUUGAUAUUCAUGACCGACCGCAGAUCGGAAUCAAUUUCCAUCGCAGUCUUAACCCGAAUUGUAUAGUCAAAUUGUUCCAAUCGAAAAAUAAUUUUUAUGUCGGAAUUUUCUCAGGAAUUUCUGAUGCAAACGGUAUAGAUAGCCGCACUAGGCGAGGCAAGUUCUCCAUUCCUUCCAUGACAGAAUUGACACUUCCCAUUGACUUUCCACCCGGAACUUUAAUUGAGCCAAUAGACUACAUGUCUUGGCACUUUGACCUUGACGCCGCCACAGAUCCUACCUCUUCUCCACCCCCGCAACAGGACACCAGCCUCAGGGAAGCCAGAAGGAUCCAGAGAGCGAUGAAGGAAGCGACCAAAUUAGAAAAAAUUGAGAAAGAAAAGGAAAAACAAGCCCUGAAAAAGAAGAAAAAGAAGGAAAAGGAGAUGGAUAAACCGAACAAGAAACGCCUACAGAAGGAAAAGGCACAAAAAAAGGAAGAACCCGAAGAAAAUGACUCAUUCUUGUUCGGAUUGUUCUCAAAACCUGACGUUGGACCUCCUCUCAUUCAAGUAUAUGCUAGAAAUAACGAGGAAGAGCAGGAAAUGGAGCAGGAAGAGGAAAAAGAAGAAGAUCAGAUUCCAGAAAUUUCUAAGUCAACAGCAGAGAUGUCUAAACUCACUCCAAAACAGGAGAAAGUUCCAGUUGAUGAGAUAUCAGUCCCUGUUGACUUGUCUUUCUUAGACAAAAUGAGAAAUUACGGAGAUUGCUCGUAUCAGCCUUUGAAUUUGAUUGAUCCGACUGAGGAAUUCAGACAAAUAAUGAGAAAUUAA